UGGCGCUCGGCGCGUAGCGUAGACGGGGCCGAGCGAGCGUGGCUGCGCCUGCUCGUCAGCUGUCGGUUGCGUAGUGUCAGUGCUGGGGCUCGGGAGGGCCUGCGGCCGAGACUGGGGGGCAGUGGGGCCCCGGGUGCAGGGAAACGCUCGGCGACGAAGGAGCCGGGCGGGAGAUGUAUGCUGAACGGGGCACAGCGUCGGCUGCACAGGCGUCGUCCCCUGAGCGCAGUAUUAAAUCCCUAUCGAAGGAGGAGACCAUCAAAAGGAAGUUUUCUGAAGCAGAGAGAGCAAACACGCUGACAGUGGGGAUGGCGACAGCACCGCUUGGCGCCCGUUCCCCAGCUCCUCUGAAUCUGAAGAAGGAGGUGCUUCGGACCACGAAGGGGGAUCCCCACUCUACUGGGGAACAGGGAGUCCGGCUGCCGGGAGACGGCACAGGCCCGGGGCAGGAGCCGUGGUGCAGACAGUUCAGGCAGUUGCGCUAUGAGGAGACCACAGGGCCCCGCGAGGCGCUGCGCCGGCUCCGCGAGCUGUGCCGCCAGUGGCUGCGGCCCGAGACGCACAGCAAGGAGCAGAUCCUGGAGCUGCUGGUGCUGGAGCAGUUCCUGACCAUCCUGCCCGCCGAGCUCCAGGCUCGGGUGCGGGAGCACCACCCGGAGAGCGGGGACGCGGUGGUGGUGGUUCUGGAGGAUUUGCAGCCAGAGCUUGGAGACGCAGGAAAGCAGGCGGACCCAGGCCAGGCUGAAGAGCAGACGAUGCUGGCGGGGGCGGCAGCCCCGGUGGAAGCAGUGCGGGGGCGGCGCGCCCAGCCGGAGCGCGAAGUUCUGGAGCCUGAAGGAGACAAGGGUGAGGAGACCAGGGUUGAGAACGGGAAGGUAUUUGCAGAGACAGACUCUUGUGGAGGAGUGGGAUCAGCCAGGAAAGUAUCUGAACCCGUAGAGCCUCGUUCUGAGGAAUCUCACUUGGAAAGGCAGCGGGUCGAGCCCAAGGAGAAGCCCGAGUAUAAGUGCUCAGAAUGUGGGGAGGGCUUCACCUGCCCCUCGGACCUGGUCACACACGAAGGCGUGCACACGCGAGGGAAGCUCUGUGAGUCUGCGGCACGUCACGGUACUGGUCUUAUUGGACGUCAGAAAAUCCGCUCUCGAGAGAAAGGUCAUCAGUGUCACGAGUGUGGGAAAGCCUUUCAGAGGAGUUCACACCUUGUCAGACACCAGAAAAUCCAUCUUGGCGAGAAGCCUUACCAGUGCAAAGAGUGCGGGAAGGUCUUUAGCCAGAACACAGGCCUCUUGGAACACUUCCGGAUCCACACUGGAGAGAAGCCUUACCUGUGCAUCCACUGUGGGAAGACCUUCCGACGCAGCUCCCACCUCAACCGACACCAGAGAAUCCACAGUCAGGAGGAGCCCUGUGAGUGCCAGGAGUGUGGGAAAACCUUCAGCCAGGCCCUUCUCCUCACCCACCACCAGAGGACCCACAGCCACUCCGGAAGCCAUCGCUGUAAUGAGUGUGGGAAAGCCUUCAGUCUGACUUCAGACCUCAUUCGACACCAUAGGAUUCACACCGGAGAGAAGCCGUUCAAGUGUGACAUUUGCCAGAAAGCCUUCCGCCUAAACUCCCACCUGGCUCAGCACGUGAGGAUCCACAAAGAAGAAAAACCCUAUGAGUGUAACAAAUGCGGAGAAGCCUUCAGGCAGAGGUCGGGGCUUUUUCAGCAUCAGAGAUAUCACCACAAAGACAGUAUGGCUUGACGGGGCGUCCUCUCUGCGGAGACCAUCACAGACAGGAUGUCGACAAGCAAACAGCACGUCAGGAAGAGUCACUGCGGCCAAUUCUAGCCUCACAGAACUCGCCGGCGGGGGGGUGGCACACGGGAGGCUGUGCACAUCCACUUGUGCUCAGCCUUGGCCCAUAGAGAUCUGACCCUAGAGGGUACCGUGGGAACAAGAGCAUUCUUUACUGCAGGACUUCUCUGAGCCUUUAACAUGGUAAAUGCUUGAUUGUGCAUCUCCAGGUGGUAGAGAGCCUCAUGAUUGAGUUAGGGCUUUGAAGUCAGCAGCAAGUCACAUAUCCACAGAUUUAUAGGCUUAAACGGAACAAGAGCAGGUUGAUAAUUUUACAUCUGGUGCAGCAACAAUGCCUGUAAAAUAAAACUAAUGACAUUUGGAAAUAUACCACUCUUAAAGGUGUCUUAAAGUGCAGGUUUAAUGGUGGACAUUUUCCCCCAGUGGUUUUACUAAUCAACCCCUACUGGCAUCCCCCCCCUCACCAUCUGUAGAAGCAUUUUAGAAAGCAAAGAUGAUCUAAUUUUACCAUUUCCCACCCCUAGUCUUGCUACAAUACUUCACUCAUUCAGGUUAGAAAUCCAGGUUAAACUAUGGGAGAGAUUUUAUAAGUCAUGUGAAUGAACAGUGCUGAGUGAAUCCAGAUAGUAACUGUCUUACUUGAUACAAACUUCAGUAUCAGGAUAGUGGGUCCUCCAUAGACACUGUUUAGGAAAUGGGGAAAGAAAUUUGACUGUUUUCCUUUAAUACUGAUGAUGCAGUUUAAAAAUUUUUUUUGUAAUGUUUGUUUUUGAGAGAGAGACAGAGCGUGAGCAGGGGAGGGGCAGAGAGAGAGGGAAACAGAGAAUGCAAAGCAGGCUCCAGGCUCUGAGCUGUCAGCACAGAGCCCGACAUGGGGCUCGAACACAUGAACCAUGAGAUCGUGACCUGAGCUGAAGUCUUGCGCUUAACCGACUGAGCCACCCAGGCGCCCUGAUAAUGCAGUUUUAAAAUGUUGCUUGUUCUGGAAUUCUUUGGAAGCAAACAGUAAAGUCAGCUGGGAGGAGAUCAUGAUCUUUGUACUGUGAAUACCAAAAUGUCAUGGAAAUGAUGAGAAUAGUAAGCUUCAGGGAGUCCACUCAUGAACCAUCAUCACUGCUUGCUGAUCGGCAGUAGCUGCUUAGGGUGUAGUGUCUGGGAAAGACUUUACUUAGUCUGCCACAGGAGCGAGGCCUCGUGUGUGGCUGAGGAUCUAUCUAGUUCAGCUGCAUAUAGAUUACGGAAAAAAAGUAGGAGUGAUUUCAUGGAAGCUUGUUUUUCUCUCAGAAUAAUCUGGAGAUAAGCAGUCCAGGACUGAUAAAGUGGUUCCAUGACACCGCUAGGGACCCUCCCUCUGCUUUUCUGUUCCAACAUGCUAGUGCACACCAUCAGCCCUUGAGGUGGUCACAUGGUCCUUGGUGGUGCCAAAGCUCCAGUCAUCACAUGCAAGAUGCAGACAGGUGGGACAACAGAUCCCUCGCAGUUAAGCCAGCCUUCUGCAAAAAGCGUCCUGUAAGUACAUAUGUCGCACGCCAAAACUUAGGAAAGGGAGUCUGGAGAGUGUCUUGUUUUGGGUUGCAGGGUGCCCAGCUGAAAAUCCGCCUUCUGUCACUAAGAAGAAAGGGUAGCAUGAAGGCCAGAACAGACACUUGGCAGUCUUUGACCCACUUCCUUUCGUCCUGCAUCCGGCUGUAUGCAUUCCGACUGAGAGCAAUGUCCUGGGGGACACGUACCAUGUCCUGGGGGAGGACAGAAUCUGUAGGAGAAGCAGUGCAACGUUUUAAAAAUUUAUUUAUAUUUUGAGAGAGAGAGAGAGCAUGUGCAGAGGAGGGACAGAGAGAAUCCCAAGCAGUGCAGAGCCAGACAUGGGGCUUGAGCUCAUGAACCACGAGACUGUGACCUGAACUGACCAAGAGUCAGAUGCUUAACUGACUGAGCCACACAGGGUUGACCCGAAAGCAGUGCAACUUUUUUUUAUUAAAGAAAUUUUUUUUAAUGUUUAUUUUUAUUUUUUUAACAUUUACUCAUUUUUGAAAGGCAGAGAGAGACAAAGGGCGAAUGGGUGAGGGGCAGAGAGAGAGGGAGACACAGAAACAGAAGCAGGCUCCAGGCAGUGAGCUAUCCGCACAGAGCACGACACGGGGCUCAAACUCUCAGACCACAAGAUCAUGACCUGAGCCGAAGUCGGCCGCUUAACCGACUGAGCCACCCAGGCACCCCUUACUGUUUAUUUUUGAGAGAGAGAGAGAGUGACACAGUGUGAGCAGGGGAGGAGCAGAGAGACAGGGAGACACAAUCUGAAGCAGGCUCCAGGCUCUGAGCUGGCAGCACAGAGCCCGACGUGGGGCUCAACCCGUGAGCUGUGAGAUCGUGACCUGAGCCCAAGUUGGAUGCCCGACUGACCAAGCUACCCAGGCGCCCCAAAAACAGUGCAACUUUUCAGGCACUUUGGUAUUUCAUGGAAACACAAUCCUAUGCCAUCCCUCAGGAAGUCUUUUUCUUUGCCUUUAUGGGUAAAAUUGAGUUGAUAUCAGGGAUGUUCCCCCUGUGUGUUUUGAGGGAUGUGCUGAGGUUAUCAGCUCCAUGUCCUGGUUUAAGUCUGUUUGAUUCUGUUCAGUUUAAGAAGGAAAGAACAGAGAAUGUCGUCAUUAUUCUCAUGAAAAAGCAGUGACAAUGACAAGAAUGUAUGAAGUAUGAAGAAUGAUCUACCCUUAAAUAUCUGGAAAUUUUA